AUGUCGCAAGAAUUUAUGAAAUUUCCAUCAAGAAGAUCCAAUGUUUACUCACAUAGAGGAAUUGUUUCAAGUACUCAAUCUUUGGCGAAUUCAGCAGGCCUUGAAAUUCUUCAAAAAGGUGGUAAUGCCGUGGAUGCGGCUAUUGCAAUUAAUGCAGCUUUAUGGGUUACUGAACCUGCUAGUACUGGUAUAGGUGGUGAUUGUUUUAUGUUAUAUUAUAAAUUGCAAGAUAAGAAUGAUCCAAAAAGUGGGAAAGUUAUUGGUUUAAAUGGGUGUGGUAGCGCUGCUAAGAAUAUUACAAUUCAAGAUGUUUGGGAUGAACAUAAUGAUGGUCUUCCAAUGCCUCGUAUUCCAUAUCAAUCUGUUUUUAGUGUUACUGUCCCAGGAUCACUUUUAGGUUCUUUUAAUUGCUUUGAAAAAUGGGGAUCUGGUAAAGUUUCAUUUGAAGAAAUUUUGCAACCAGCUAUUAGAUUAGCAGAAGAAGGGUUUCCAGUUAGUGAAUUAGCUGCUAGGUCAUGGAGAAAUUCUGCUGAGAAAUUGAAGAAUCAAAACCCUCAUGUUAAAAAUAAUGUUUUAUUAAUUGAUGGUGUAAGAGGUCCAAAUGAAGGUGAAUAUGUUAGAAAUAAACCAAUAGCUGAAUGUUUGAAAUUGAUUGCAAAAGAAGGAGUAAAGGCAUUUUAUGAAGGUCCUAUUGCUGAUAAAAUAAUUGAAACAACAAGUAAAAGAAAUCAUAAAUUAUCUAAAGAAGAUUUGAAAAAUCAUAAAUCUCUUGAAGUUGAACCUAUUAAAUUAAAUUUUCAAGAUUAUAAUGUUUGGGAAAUACCACCAAAUGGACAUGGAUUAGUUGCUUUAAUAGCUUUGGGUAUUAUCCAAGAACUUCACAAUAGUCACAAAAUUGAUUUAUAUAAACUUGAACAAAAUUCAGCAGAGUAUUUACAUAUUUUAAUUGAAGCUUGUAAACUUGGUUUCCAUGAUUCGGAUGAAUAUGUCACAGAUCCAGCAUUCAAAGAAAUUCCAAUUGAAGCAUUAUUAGCUCCUGAAUAUCUAAGAUCUAGAGCUGAGUUAAUUAAUUUUGACAAGAUUAUUGAUGGUGAAACAAUGACUCAUGGUAUACCUAAUCCAAAAUAUAAAUCAGAUACUGUUUAUUUCACAGUUGGUGAUUCAAAUGGUGAGGUUUGUUCAUUUAUUAAUUCAGUUUAUGAAGGAUUUGGUAGUGGUAUAUUAGUUGAAGAGUAUGGUUUUUGUUUACAUAAUAGAGGAGCUAAUUUUAAUUUAACUCCAGGUAAUUCAAAUUGUUUAGAAGGUGGGAAAAGACCAUAUCAUACAAUUAUACCAGGAAUGAUAACAAAUAAAGAUGGUUCAUUAUUUGCAUCUUUUGGUAAUAUGGGUGGAUUUGCGCAACCAGUUGCUCAUGUUCAACAUGUAUUAAAUUUGAUUAUAUUUAACUAUACCCCUCAACAACUGCUUGAUUCACCUAGAUUUGUAUUAAAUUCUUUUAAUGAAGCAAUAGAUAGAGGAAGAGGUGCUGAUGGUCCAGUAAGAACACCAAUUACAAUUGUUCAAUUAGAAGAUGGUAUCAAAGCUGAAGAUGUUGAAAAAUUGAAAAAAAUCGGUCAUCAUGUUGAAAUUUUAACUGAUUAUAAUAGACAAUUAGUUGGAAGGGGACAAAUUAUUAAGAAUUCAUCAAAUAAUGGACAAUUAAUUUAUUCAGCUGGCAGUGAUAUGAGAGGUGAUGGUUCUGCUGUGCCAUUUGUGUAA